UACAUGUUCAUGGAAACGGCUAUAUUGUCCCGUUUUUUUCUGAAUAAAGUGUACCUGUGCUGUCGGCAAACCACAGACCCAUUCCGCUCUGGCCGGGUCUGGCGCUCUUGAUCGAUCGUGGUUUCUGCUCGUCUGUAUCUGCUCCUCGCUCAUCCACAGUCGGAUCUCGACCAUCACCCACAAUGCAUCGAGCCUUUGUCCUCGUCACCGGUGCUACUCGAGGAUUCGGACGAGAGAUUGCCCGUGGUCUCGUCCAUGCAACGCAAUCGCCGCUCCAGUCUCUCAAGCAGCAGUAUCCCAAUAUCACUUUCGAUCUCCUGCUCACUGGGCGGAACCUGCAGGGCCUCUCGGCCAUUCGGGACGAGCUGAGUGAUCGUGCUGGCUUCAAUGUCGACACUCUCGUGGCCGACUUUGCCGAUCCCCAGGCCGAUCGAGUGACCGAGUCGAUCGUCCACAACAUCCCUGCGGCCCCAACAGACUAUAGCCACUUCUUUCUCUUCAACAACGCCGGUAGCUUGGGCAAGCUCGCCCGCACCCGCAAUCUGCAGUGGACCGACAUCCAGUCGGCCAUUCACGUCAAUGUUGCUGCACCUUUGGCCUUGACCGCGAAGCUCCUCAAGGUCUUCAAGGAUUGCCCCAGCGUCGAUAUUGUGAACGUGUCGUCUCUGGCAGCGAUCCAGGAGUUUGAUUGCUGGGGCCUGUACGCUGCCGGGAAGGCUGCCAGGGACAUGAUCCACAAGACAAUCGCACUGGAAGAAGGCCUGAUCGAGUCGGCGCAGAGGCCAAAUGCCACAGAGGCACUCCCAAGACCCCGGGUCCGAGUUCUGAACUAUGCUCCCGGCCCCCUCGACACUGACAUGCAGGCCGAGAUCCGCAAGGACAUGCCCGCAGUCGAGCUCAGGGACCUCUUUGUGGAUAUGAAGACCAAGGGCACUCUGGUCGACCCAACGGAAUCUGCUCUGACGCUGCUGCAUCUCCUCUCCAAGCCGGACGGAUUCGUGAGCGGAAGCCAUGUGGAUUAUUUUGAUGUGGGCUCAAGCGAUGGUAGUGCAUAAAGAUGCACCAGCAGCAUGGCCAGGAGGUGCGAACUAGAAGGCACCCGAGACUGGAUGAUGUUGCCGUAGGCUUGUAUCGAUCAGCAGGUUUAUUAUAUAUUGCGUGCAUCUGUGGA